AUGACGAGACCGUAUCGUCGAUAUCUCGUCACGUUACUGCUGCUGUUGCAAACCAUCUCGAGGUACGGCCACGCGGCCGCCGCGGAAUCGGCGCACGCGGCCGCGGCCGACCUGUCGCCGUCGUCCGCGUCCGUGCCGUCCGGCCUCUCCGGCCCGGAUUACACCGGACCGUCCGCGGGUUCGGACGAGUGCGAUCCCGAGAUGGUUGGCUUCGAGCUCGUAACCGGCUACGUGUUCACCGCGCCCACGAACAUGCUCGAGUCCAUACCGGGCACGCUGAUGCUCACCGACUGCCUCGAGACCUGUCAGGCAAACGACUCCUGCCAGGCGGUCAACUACGAGACGGGCCUUUGCGUCCUAUUCAGCUCUAACGCCGACAGCAAUCCAGGCGCACUGUCGCAAUCCCAGUUCCCCGUGUUCACGAUCUACGCCCAGAAGAGUUGCCUGGCGGUGAAGCCCUGCGAACGUGCUUGGUGCAUCGACAGAGUGCAGGGACACCGCCUUCAGGGUCACGCACGCAGGACCAUGACCGCCUCCUCGAGGCAACACUGCCUCGAGCUCUGCCUCGGCGAACGAGACUUCCUGUGCCGAUCCGCUAAUUACAUCAACGCUACCAAGCAGUGUGAACUUUCGGAUAUGGAUAGAUUGACGGUUGCCGGCUCGAACGCCUUCCAGGCAGCGAAGGGCGUGGAUUACUUGGAAAACCACUGCGUGGAAGAGCCAGUGAAACUUUGUGAAUUUAAGAAGCUGACCGGCCGUAUACUGAAGACUGUGGAUUCCGUUUACCAAGACGUCAGCACGUCAGACGAAUGCCGCGAAUUGUGCCUGAACUCGCCGUUCCGUUGCCACUCUUACGAUUAUGGUGACACCGGUGACAUGGUCUGCCGCCUCAGCCAUCAUUCCCGUGCCACCCUCUCCGACAUUCAGGAGCCGUACCUCGAUGUACCGGAAGCGUCCACAUACGAACUGAGCUCCUGCUACAACGUGACCAUCGACUGUCGCGCCGGCGACAUGGUGACCAGAAUUCAGACCAGCAAGCUCUUCUACGGCAAGGUGUACGCGAAGGGCUCCCCCAACUCGUGCGUGCAGGACAUCAAGGGCGCGCUCGAGUUUGAACUUCGCAUGGCGUACGACGAUCUCGAGUGUAACAUAAGACAGCAGGGCCUCGGCCGGUAUUUGAACGACGUGAUCAUCCAGCAUCACGACACCAUUGUCACCAGUUCCGAUCUCGGGCUGGCUGUGACUUGCCAGUACGACCUCACUAACAAGACCGUGUCCAAUGAAGUCGAUCUCGGUGUACACGGCGACAUCACGCCGGCUCUGUCGGAGGAGGUGAUCGUCGACUCGCCGAACGUCGCCAUGAAGAUCACCGAUCGCAGCGGAAACGAGGCUAUCCCAUCGGCUGAAGUCGGCGAUCCUUUGGCGCUCAAAUUCGAGAUCCUCGACCCUAACAGCCCGUACGAGAUCUUCGUUCGCGAGCUAGUCGCCAUGGACGGUGUCGACUCUAGUGAAAUUGUUUUGAUCGACUCGGAUGGCUGCCCCACCGACCACGUCAUCAUGGGGCCGCUUUACAAGUCGGCUACUACUGGCAAGAUUUUGCUGUCGCACUUUGACGCCUUCAAGUUCCCGAGUUCGGAAGUGGUGCAGUUCCGCGCUCUGGUCACUCCGUGCAUGCCGACCUGCGAACCCGUGCAAUGCGAUCAGGAGGAGACGACCGGCGAGCUGCGCUCGGUGAUCUCCUUCGGCCGACGCCGUCGCCGUCGUCGCUCCACUGCCGUCGGCUCCCAGAGCCGCGAGGACCUCCUCCUGGUGCAGUCCAUCCAGAUCACGGACAAGUUUGGCUUCGAGCGCGACGGUAAGUUACCGAACCUCACGUCCGCGACGAGGGACACCGUUUUCGUCGAGAGCGAAGACAUAUCGUCGACGAUGGGGAUGUGCAUCAAUCUGGGCGAGGCCAUUGUAGCCGGCACCGUCUUCCUCGUCGCCCAGAUCGCCAUCAUAGCGGCAUGGACCUUCACCUGGCAGCGACGUCGGCAGAUGCUGAAGCACCAGGAGGCGCUAUCGGUCUCCGUUUCCGUACCCGGGAUGCACUCCAUGCCCGGGCGCACCGACAGUCUCUGUAAGUUGUACGACGGCGGAUACUCCGCGCGUCGUUUCUGAACGACCUCUCCCACCAAGCUCCCACGGCAUAUCGUCAAUCUCGUCUUCCUGCGUAAAUCGCUAUUAACGAAUCUUUGGCUGACUUCACAUGGACGUGAGUUCUCAAACCGAUGCGUGCCGCGAAGAGGGGAUCGUGCCGCGUGUCACGAUUCUCGAGGCGAUCGGCAAAAGUAAACACUCCCGCGCGCGGCCCCUCUCUUUGAAUCUUUCUUUAUGAAAUAUGGAAUUCGGAUGAACGCCACCUUCGUACUAUAUCAAACUUCUACGAGUGUACCGCAUUGCGAGGUUGCAGCCAAUAUACGUAGCUUUUAGUAGAGCAUGGCCCUUUUACCACCCACGCUUACCUUGUAGUCGGGUGGAAGCUUUGCAGAGGCGUUCUACUAAUUCCAAUUAGAUUCGGUUAGAUGGGCAGAUCGCGGAGUUUGUUGAACGCAUCGGGGUAGCAUAGAGGAGACGUUUGUUUGAUCAAAAACACGAUCAAAAACAAAAAGAAAAUGAAAUCGCGCUGCCCAUCUCUACGAAUGUUCUUGUGUAUCUACAUUAUUACCGUAUUUAGAUACUAUCAUAGACGUAUCUUCUUUCUCGUUCCAAACUUUAUUUCCUCGCAGCUGGCAAUGUAGUGAAACCGAUCGACUUCGCCGUAUCGUUUAAUCGAAAGUUGCUUCUGCAACUUUGUCUUACCGGUUAAAAGUUAAUUACACGCUCGCGUAUAUGCACACGUGCUAAUAAUGCCGGUGAAUUACUGAACGGAAUAAUUAGGCACAAUUGCGCCUUGAUUACUUGCUACAUCUGUCGCUUAUUGAAGGCACAGAUAUCAGUGUCUCCCAAUCGGCGUUUCCGGCCAAGGUCGGCGCAACGAAUCGUACGUAUCAUCAAUUUCGUCUUUCUGUCUCUCGGGUGGCCGGCUAUUUCGUGGAAGAAAGGAGCAAGGUUGCAAUUACGAUCCGUACCCGGCAACCUUUAAUUAGCGUAACGUUCAAUGUCCAAGUGACCUUCGUGCGUGCGCGUAUCGUCGUUCAACGAAAAUCGACGUCGUCUAAGGAAACCGCUUCUCAGAAGCGGACGUGAAAGGGCACGAUAAAUGAAAAAA